UUUGGAUAGCUCAAAUGCCAUGACUUCUGCUUUGUUGGUGCUCUUUGUCGAUUUCUCACGGCUAAUUUGAAAACGCCACCCGUUGGCGUAACAUCGAAUCUCUCUGGCGAUCGAUCAACUUAGAUGUUCAAACCCAAUUGCAGACCCAACCCUCUGUAUGUUCCAUCCAUCAUUGUCCUCAAAUUCAAGACAGAAAAAAUAUUACUAGGAUGUCCACUGGCUCACUACAUGUAGCCACCGGAACUACCAGUGUCUGGGUAUUUGGCAAUGAUUCUAGAGCUUGUUAUGGAUUUGAGAAUUCUGGUAUGAGAUUCUUGUCAACGGAAUUAAGGGUUCUCUUGGUUCCUAAAAUCAAUUGGAAACCCGUUGCAUCAUACCCACAGGUUCAUUUAAGAUUGCUGAGAAACGGAGUUAUUAGCUCAUGCCGGUUUAAAUUCCAUACAACUGAGGCAUCAUCUGUACACUCUGCAUCCGUAGAUUCAAUCUUUUCCUCCUUACAUGGCUCCACAGAAGAUCCAGGGAAGAUUUCAGAUGAGUCUACUUUGAUCUUAAUUCGACAUGGUGAAUCAUUGUGGAAUGAGAAGAACCUGUUCUCUGGAUGUGUUGAUGUGCCGUUGACUAAUAAAGGCAUCGAAGAAGCAAUUGAAGCUGGUAAAAGAAUUAGAAAUCUACCUAUUGACAUUAUUUACACAUCUGCAUUGAUUCGUGCUCAAAUGACUGCUAUGCUGGCAUUGACCCAACACCGCUGCUAUAAGGUUCCCAUAAUUGUACAUGAUGAGAGUGAAGAGUCCAGAAUGUGGAGUCAGAUCCAUAGCGAAAAUACCAAGAAGCAAUCCAUUCCGGUUGUAAAGGCUUGGCAAUUAAAUGAAAGAAGGUAUGGGGAGUUACAAGGUUUUAACAAACAGGAGACAGCUGAAAGAUAUGGAAAAAAGCAAGUUCAUGAAUGGCGGAGAAGUUACAGUACUUGCCCUCCUAAUGGUGAAAGUUUGGAAAUGACAUCUCGAAGAGCUGUUGCUUAUUUCAGAGAGCAUAUUGAACCCCAACUUUUGUCGGGAAAGCAUGUAAUGGUUGCUGCCCAUGCGAAUUCACUGAGGGCCAUUAUUAUGUACCUUGACAAUUUAACUUCUCAGGAGGUUAUUGACUUAGAACUGUCAAAUGGGGUACCAAUGCUCUACGUAUGUAAAGAGGGAAAAAUUAUCAGGAGGGGAAGUCCUCUAGGAUCAACAGAGGCUGGCGUCUAUGCUUAUACUUGGGAUUUGGCCCUCUACAGGCAAAAACUAGACGAAAUGUCCCUUUGAAGUGUCUAAAUUUGAGGCGAGCUCCAUUUUAAAGCUUCUUGCUUGACUUUAUGCAACGAUCCUUCGUAAUUUGCUACAGUAUCGUCAUAUUAUGCUUUGCACCAGAACAGAUGAAACGAAGAGCCAGGAAAGGAUGCAGAUGGUGAGCAAUUGUAGAGUUAUUUUUUUCGGGAUUUUCUUUAUAACCCAGUUUUCAAGCCAACUUCUUGCACCUCUACUAGUCCUGGGGCUUUAAGUUAACGAUCAGCAAACCUCCAGUUGCCCCAAGGGUUUUUAUUUGGAUGAUCUUCACAUAAGAUUAUGCAAGGUCCAUGUCCAUAGCACAAAAGAAUGUGUUCCGUGAAAAAGUCUUUAUUAACCUUGGUCCCUGAUAGCCAGAAACCAAAUAGAAGAUUGAGUAGGAAAGAAGAAUAACUCCUCCAUCUACGCAAGAAAACCAGCAAUACCAAAUGUGUAGCCUAUUCCCGCAGAACUUUCAUAGUCGUAGCUUUAUUUUCUUUAGCAUAUGAACGUUUUGUAACCACCUUAUGUUAUUCCCUUGGCAUUCCUUCAACUCUUGUGCCAAUGAAGAAAAAGCAGAAUUAUUUUUACCCAAAAA